AUGGCAAGAGGCGCUGAUUUUGACGAUGAUGACUUCUACGACGAAGAAGAAGACUAUAGUGAUGACCAGUACAACGACGACUACGAUCCACAGGAACUGGAGAUUGCUGUAAACAAGGUCAUUGCUGGUCUUGAGAAACGGAAAGUCCCCGUUGAAGUGAUUGAAGAUGCCAUUUUUGAACAUGACUUUGAUACUAAGGCCGCCAUCGACGAGCUUAAAAAAAAGUAUUCUGCUCCUGUCAAGAAACCAAAAUCAGGGACUCCUACGCCUUCCAGCUCUGCCGUGCCAUCAAAGCCUGCUUCUGGACCUUCUCUCGCUAAAAUGCGUGCUCUUAAAAAGGCAGCUCAGCAAGAAUCAACUGAUUCGCCACUAGUAGACAACUCAGCUGCUCAGCAAACUGCACCCACAACAUCCACAAAUUCUCUCAAUCUUCUUGACAAAUUGCAGGCCAAACACGGUGGUGCGCCGGAGCCAUCACCUUCAACAUCCUCUUCAUCUUCUUCUUUGGCAUCAUUAUCAUCUACAUCAUCUCUAGCAAAAACCAAGUCAUCCGCAUUACAAAAACUUGCGGCUAGAGCACCAAAAACCGGUCAAUCAACAAUAACAAAGCCUACCGAAUCCAAACUUAAACUGCUAAGGAAACCAGCAACAGCGACAACAACAACAACAACAACAUCUGCUAAACCUUCUGAAAAACCCUCUGCGUCUGCAUCUUUAUCUUUAUCUUCGUCAUCAUCAUCAUCUUCUUCUUUAUCAACAUCUCUUCCUAUUAGCAUAUUCCCUGAAAUCGACUACAACUUGGUUAUUACUCCACAGCCACGCUCUUCAGCCCUUUUUUACACUGACUGUGACUCAGACUCGGACGCCUAUACCCCUCGAAUCUCAUAUAGCCCGAACCAACGAUCUAACUUUUUAUAUUCUAUAGAAUCUACCCCUAAAGUUAAAAAGCCAUUUUCUCUCCCAAGCCCUGACGAUACAGUUCUUGCUGCGCAAUCUCAAUCCAAGGGCUUUGUUGACGAAGCUACAGCCAAGUCACUGUCCAACCUCAGAAUUGACAGUGGCACACCUAAGAAACUUAAGUACAAUGUUCUUGAAGAAAUCAAGAGAUCCAAGACCAAAAAACCCGUUCUCUGCUUUGUGGUCAUUGGACACGUCGAUGCUGGCAAGAGUACGCUGAUGGGCCGACUGCUACUUGACACUGGCGCUGUUUCUAAAAACACAGUGGCCAAGUAUGAAAAGGCUUCAAAGGAAAUUGGUAAACAAUCAUUUGCAUUGGCAUGGGUUAUGGACAAAACUGAUGAGGAACGGUCUCGGGGUAUCACAGUGGACGUUUGCUCGUCCAUUUUCGAAACAGACAAGCGCCAUUUCACCAUUUUGGAUGCGCCUGGACAUCGUGAUUUUGUACCCAACAUGAUUGAGGGCUCAUCCCGCGCGGAUGUUGCUCUUUUGGUGAUUGAUUCAUCUCCCAAUGCAUUUGAGUCUGGCUUUUUCAGCGAUGGCCAAACCCGGGAGCAUGCGAUUGUGGCACGCAGUCUGGGGAUUGAGCAGAUUGUGGUUGCUGUGAACAAGCUAGAUGCUAUGGACUGGAGCGAGGCCCGUUUCCAGGCCAUUGAGGAACAGCUGGGAGCAUUUUUGCAACGUGUUGGAUUCCAAAGUGAAAACACCACGUUUGUGCCAUGCAGUGGUCUUUCUGGUGUUAACGUUACAGGAAAGAAACAAAAGUUACCUGAAGAACUAUCAAGUUGGUAUAAGGGAUUGUCAGUCUUGGAGGCACUGGAGGCCCAGGAACUUCCUGAGCGGGAUUAUGCAGCACCAUUUCGGAUGCGUGUGAUUGACGUGGAGGCGAUGCCCCACAUGGCGCAGAUUGUUGUUUCUGGACGAGUUGACUAUGGUACAGUGCAGGAAGGUCAAGAGCUGAUUGCAGUACCUGCACCAUCAUCUGGUAAGCAGCCGAUAGUCAAGUCAAUUCACAACUACGAUCGGGAGAAGGAAUCGAUACCAUGGGCUAAAGCAGGUGAUUAUGUGGAGUUAGUGUUAACCGGAAUUUUGCCCGAGGAUCUUAGUUCCGGAACGAUUCUUUGUGGGGCAGAUGCACCCGCAGUGGGGUACACAUCGAAGUUUGUGGCGAAGCUGACAGUUUUCGAUAUGGACAAGCCAAUUCUCAAGGGCAAUACGAUGGUGAUGCACUAUGCGGGGUCGCGCGCAGAGGUCCAAGUAUCAAAGCUGGUGGCAUUACUAGAGAAAAACGGCAAAGAUGAAGUCGCUGGCAAGACCCCGCGGCUUAUCAAGGGCGGACAAAAGGCUCGUGUACAGAUAUCCGUGUUGAACGGACGGUCGAUUCCUAUUGAGACCUUUGAACAGAACCGGGAUCUUGGACGAAUUAUUUUACGCCGUGAAGGAAAGACUGUUGCUGUUGGAAUUGUAGAGUCCUUGAAAUGA